AUGACUGGAUGCUCGCAGGGAGAGUCACCCAUCACGCCACCACAAGUCCCGAUGCAAAGCAACGUGGAAGAUUUUUCAAUGUGUGCCUUCCCCGACGAUGACGUCAAACACGUGCAGACCACGUCGCAGACCACCGGCAGAAUCCGAGAUACGAUAAAGACCACGAGCCAGAUGACGCCCCGCUGCCCGUCCUUUGCCGCCAAGAACAUUACUGCCAUAGCGUUUGCAGUCGUCACGAUGUUCACGCUAGCGUUCAUGUUGCUGGCCGCUCUGCUGGCGCCGUCCCGUAGCCGAGGCACAGCAGUGUCCGGGUUAUGCAGCACUGAGGACUGCGUAAUGCACUCGAGGCUUAUUCACCACCGCACGAACGCCAGUGUGGAUCCCUGCAAGGACUUCCAGGCUUUCGCGUGCUCAGCAUGGCCCGCCUCCAAGAAGAUAGUCAGCUUUGCCAGUGGUACCACGUGGGACGCGUUGGUGGCUUGGUACAAGGGCUUCGAAAAUCUCCUGACAAUGAGCUCGGAGCGAUACCUUCCGGCGCAGAAGGCGUUGGCUAUGUACCAGGCGUGCAUGGAAGGAAAACCUGCGGGCCAAGAGCGACAUACCGGCAUGGAAGCUCUCAAGAAAUUCAUGAGACAACGUCGAAUCCAUUGGCCUGGUGAGCCUGACCUGAACGCGCACCCCCUGGGCGUACUUCUCGACUUCGCCUUCAACUGGCAGACGCAUUUUUGGUUCCACGUCCAGGUGUUGCAAGGUAACCGCGGCCAAAGGAACACCCUGGUUCUCCGCUUGGGUAACUUCAUAACAUUCUGGUCCAACUACCACGAGAGUCUGGUUGCUGAUCAGGUCUACUACGACUACCUCAUUAAUUACUUCGAGGCCUUCGCUGACGCCGGUGACAGAAGGCCGACCAGAGAGGAGGUUGCCAGGAUGGAAUCGCUUCAUUCUGACGUGCUGAACCGAUUCGUGGAGUUGCAGACACGGAAUAAAAAGUCUCCAGCCGAAUUCCCGCUGUCCGAGAUUGAACUGUACACCCCAAACAUAACCACAUCAGUGUGGGUCACUAAGCUGUGUGAGCACGUCGCCGUAUGGCCUGAAUUUCAAGAUGGCGACCAAGUCGUGGUCGAGGACACGGCUCUCCUGGAAAGUGUGAACGAAUUCUUCGUGAAAUACGGUCGAGCCGAAAUACUUCGUCACAUCGCUUGGUUCUUUGUCCAGGUGUUUGCCCCACUGGGCGACAUUAACCUACUGAAGAACAAGUUUGGUGACCAGGAUAAGGGCGUGGAAAACAGGCCUGUCUUCUGUGCCACUGAAGUCGAAGCUACAUAUGGCGUUCUCUUGACGUCAGUCUACGUGGCAAGGCACCUGACCCUACAGGUUCGAAUGCAAGUGAACCGUACCCUGACGUACAUCAUCAACGCGGCCGUCAACGGCAUCAACCGGCUGUCGUGGGGAAAUGACUCGUCACGCAUGGCCAUCAUCGAGAAACUGAAAAACACUGGCGUGUCUCUCUGGCCUCCGGACACACUGCUCACAUGGCGUGGCCUCAACGAAAUGUACGCCACCUUCGCGCCGCACAAAGACUCGUUCGCCGAGUACUGGGUGCACGGGCACGAACGACUCCGGCAGCUGGCCGAGCAACCUCGGUACGGCCAAGCAUUGGCCAUUCGACCCAACUUCAUGUUGCCAUUGCUAGCCUACGACUACGUACUCAACACGGUGUCUAUCGCCGCGACCACGUUGGCGAGGCCACUCUUCUACGCCCAAGGAACAGCCGCCGUGGAUCACGGAGGCUUGGGCUUCGGCUUCGCCAGGGAACUGGUCAAAGCUUUGAACAGCGCAGGUCUCAAGGUAGAUCCAGCGGGACGCAUCAACGACUCUUGGGUGACGUCCCAUUGGCGCGAACAGACGUCGAUGAAGGCCAACUGCUUGUCGUCCGGCAAAGACAUCUUUCCAGAGGUGCCUGCGCUGCAGCUUGCAUAUGAGGCGUUUCGGAGGCAGCGCCAAGAAUCACCCGCGAGUCUGCGGCUAUCAGGUGUUUGGAGCGAAGACCAGGUGUUCUUUAUUACAGCCUGCUUCAGCAUGUGCACCCGAAACGGCCAAGUCAGGGCUCUGACUGGAGACUGCAACAAGGCCGUCAGCAACUUUCCGGCUUUCGCUCAAGCCUUCCGGUGCCCGUCUGGUUCACCAAUGAACCCGGAGCAGAAGUGCCGUUACUUUGACUGA